AUGUGCGCAUUGGGAUCUCAGGAGAUCGAUGGCAAUUGGUUCUGUCAACCCGUUUCCGGCAUUCAGUACUCGAAUGUCGGAUCCCCAGGUGCCUACAAUCGUAUUGUGGCCAUGAACACCGACGGUAGUUGCGACUCCGUCCCACAAUCCUUUUCUGGUCCUCUCAGUCCCCUAGAUGAAGAGGUGUCGUUCCAUGUUCGUGGUCCGGUCCAGAUUAACGAGUUCGCUGUCUACGUCCCCGCUCCCAGCAAUGUCAACAAGCGUAGCACGUCCCAUGGCCGCGUAAUUCAUAAGCAUAACCACCAUCACGGUAAUGGGGGCCAAGCCCAAAGCCAUUCGCACGGCCCGGUACAUAACGAGAUGAAGGUUCGGCAGGAGAUCUCCGCGACAAUUGAUGGGCAGGUUGUCUCUUGGGGAAAUAACUACUUCGGUCCGUCUUCAGUUCUAGCUGACGAAGGAAAACAGGUCAUGGUUACAGCCACAAUUGAUGGUCAAGUUGUCUCCUGGGUCAACAACUGGUUCGGUUCCACUCAGGCUGCCACGACUGUACCAACACAAGCUGCUCCUGUUGCGCCGGUUGGCAAUCCUGCUCCUGUAGUGCAAACUCCAAGCCAAUCACAACCUGUCCAAGCUCCGGAGACUUCUGUCGCUGCUCCGUCCGCGACGACGAGUUCGUCUACGAGCUUCUUGGCGGAACCCCCUUCAGGGCCUGGUUAUGACGCGUCCGUAAUCUUCGAACGUGCUCACUACUACAAUGCUGCCUCACAGAUUAUUGACAAUGUAACUUUCCUCGGUAACUAUGGUGGGCAGGGAUCCGGCGUGUUCGAUGAAAACUUCGGUGCCUCUCUUGCAUAUGUUAAUAGUGCAGGUACUGGUGGAGCUGCCUCAUCUCAGAUCCUGGCUAAUGCGGUCAUCCCAUCUGACUCGGAAGUUAUUCUCAUGCGUGGCGAUGAAUGUAUUGAUGAUAGCUGUGGAUACGUUCGUCCUGGUUCAGUGGCUUAUCAUGGUUUUGAUGGAGCUGACAAAGCCUUCUUCAUCGAUUUCUCCAUGCCCACAGAGGGUGGUACCGGUUUCAACGCAGACAUGCCUGCGAUAUGGCUCCUCAACAGUCAGAUCCCCCACACUGUGCAGUACGGCCCGCCCGAAUGUAAUUGUUGGACUUCUGGAUGCGGAGAAUUGGAUAUCGUUGAAGCCUUGUUCGAUGGCGCUACCCAAUUGAAAUCGACGCUUCACACCAACACGCCAGCCGGGGAUUCGGAUUAUAUUGCUCGUCCAACUACCGAUUCCAUGAAGCUUGCGGUCAUAUUCAGCUCGAGCACUUCCACUAUCAACAUCCAGGUGUUGGAUAGCAACACGGAGUUCCCAGCUACUAUGUCUGCUGAUGAUCUUAACAAUUUGUGCAGCGCUCCCUCAGGUGUUUCGCACUUCCACGUGGCUGGAUAG